GUGUGGAUCAUAGACCGGUUCACGCCUCUGGCUGGAGGUAUAAUAAAUAGCGCGCAUCAGUCAGUCAGUCAGUCAAACACCAGACAACACGACACAUCUACUGCAGCACAACCUGGUCAGUAUGGGCGAGCAAAGAUACCCCGUCAAAAUUCAGCUUGUUGGAGUGAUGCAGAAAGAAGUAGUUAAAUUGUACAUGACCACUGUACUCUGGUCAGAUCAAAAUGAGAUUACUGUGUACAGAUCACUUGAAGACUUCAAAAUGCUCCAUAGACAACUCAAGAAGAAAUUCCCUCCUUCAAAUGCCAUUAGAAGAUCAGGAAGGAUUAUACCCAAAUUUAAAGCUGCAAGAGUGCAGAAGAGCAUGCAGAAGUGGAGCCCCAGUAAGUCAGUGCUCAGACUGAAGGCUCUGGAAGAAUACUGCAGUGAACUGCUGAAGAGCGAUCCCCGUCUCUGCCAGAGCUCAGAGCUCCUCCAGUUCCUGCUUCCCAAACGCCAGGACCUCGAUUCUGACUUUGCAAAAAACAGUAUCAUGAUCAUGCCAUCAGAGACCUCUCUGAGCAGCGGUAAUGUUGGAGUGAACAACGUUACUCAACCCUUUGUUGCUGAAACAUACCGAUGCAUAGCUACUUAUGAGACCAAGGACACCAAGAAUCAACCCUUCAAGGUUGAGGUGGAUGAGAUCGUGGAUGUGCUCAUUAAGGACGGAAAAGGAUGGUGGCUGGUGGAAAACGAAGCCAAAUGUCUCACAUGGUUUCCUGCUCCGUAUCUACAGAGAGCUGAGAUGGGUGAUGAUGGUCCUGAUGUGAUGGAGGGCGGAAGCGUUUUCUAUGUUGCUGCCAAAAGUUACAAAGCCAUGAACACUGAUGAACUAUCAGUGGAGAUCGGGUCUGUGGUAGAGGUGUUACAGAAGUCUGACAAUGGCUGGUGGAUAGUGAGGUACAAUCGAAAAAGGCAGGAUUUGUACCAUCUAUGUACCUGCAACCGUACAGUAACCCACGGAUUCACAUGAUGCCCGCUAAGAGGGAGAUAACCAGCUCCACUCUUGACUUGGCACAGCUUCAACGUCCUGGAGAAAAUUUACUGCAGGUCUCCGGCAACCUGGGACCUCCAGGAAGCACCAUGGACUCUAAAAAUAAGCAGAUGUCACUUUCAA